AUGGCCGAGGUCGAUGUCCCGCCGACGUUCGGCGCCGAACUAAAGGAUGGUUUCCGACCGGCCAGCGCCUGGGUUGCCAACGGCAUCGCCUGGCUGGACGAUAUACAGCAGUAUUACCGUGAACGAAGCGCAAUCGAGAAGGAAUAUAGCGCAAGGCUCAAUGCCCUGGCAAAGAAAUAUUUUGAAAAGAAGAACAAAAAGUCCUCCAGUCUGAGUGUGGGCGAUACGCCGACCAUGACCCCCGGCUCUCUCGAGAGUGCCUCGCUCACGACUUGGACAACGCAGCUGACGACGCUGGAAUCGAGAGCUGACGAGCAUGAAAAAUACGCCAAUGAGCUGAUCACCAAGGUCGCUGACCCCCUAAAAUUCUUCGGCUCCAAGUUUGAGGAGCUGCGCAAGCGACAUGUCGAGUACGCCGAUAACCUCGAGGUCGAACGAGACUCCUCGUAUGCUACUUUGAAGAAAACCAAGGGAAAGUAUGAUCAGGCUUGCCAGGAACUCGAAAGCAAGCGGAAGAAGACUGAGUCGUCGUUCGAUAAGGCAAAGGCGCAGAGCAAUUACCAGCAACAGUUGCAGGAAGCCAACAAUGCCAAGAACACAUACCUUAUUGCAAUUAAUGUUACCAACAAGCAAAAGGAAAAGUAUUACCAUGAAUAUGUCCCGGAACUCUUGGAUAGUUUGCAGGACCUCUCCGAAUUCAAGACGCUCAAAUUAAAUGGUUUAUGGACCAUGGCCGCUUCCCUCGAAACUGGGAUGUUGCAGCAGAGCAAUUCGCUUGUCGAGAACCUUUCGCAGGAGGUUCAACGCAACCUGCCACACCUCGAUUCCAUGAUGUAUAUACGCCAUAACCUUGGAUCUUGGCAGGAGCCUGGCGAUAAGGGAUUUGAGCCGAGUCCUGUCUGGCACGAUGAUGAUACCAUGAUUGUUGACGAAGCGGCCAAGAUCUUCCUGCGCAACGUUCUGAACAAGUCCAAGAGUCAACUGGGAGACUUGCGGCGAGAAGUGGACAAGAAACGGAGAGAGGUCGAAGGGGUAAAGCGGACGAAACAGCGGGUGCGGGAUGGGUCUGAAGCCAAGGAUGAAGUCCUAAUCGUGACACAGUUGUUCGCACUGCAAGAGGAGCUCCAUCAGGUUGAUCGGAAACGCGUCACAGCCGAGGUUGAAACCUCAACAAUCACAUCGACAAUAGGGGAUGUUACCUUGGGCGCCAAGAACCAUAAUUUCAAAUCGCAGACAUUCAAAAUCCCCACCAAUUGCGAUCUUUGCGGUGAGAGGAUAUGGGGCUUGUCGGCAAAGGGCUUCGACUGUCGUGACUGUGGUUAUACGUGCCACAGCAAAUGCGAGAUGAAGGUUCCUGCCGAGUGUCCUGGUGAACUGUCCAAAGAGGAGCGCAAGAAAUACAAGUCAGAGCGACAAACAGCAGCGACCACUUUGCUCAAACCUUCUGGUACACCAGACCAUGUCUCCGAGCUGCCCGACCUUAGUCGAUCCAACACAAUGAAUUCGCUGAGCUCAGGCUACGCUGCUAGCGCCCAUCGAUCGGUGACGGGCUCAGUAUCGACAGCAAAGGAGCCUGGCGAGGAUGCACCACCUGAGCCUGGUCCAAGGCCGUCCAUUCCGUCGGCUUCUACCUCUACCAGAAAGCCACGUCUCAUGGCCCCUCCGCCGAGUGCAUAUAUCAGUGAGUUGCCCGGUAGUUCGGUCAAUGGCUCGGGGGCAAGCAAACCAGAGCAGAAGGGCAAAAUACUGUAUACGUUCGAGGCCAACGGUGAGGGUGAAUUGUCGGUUCACGAAGGCCGUGAAGUCACAGUUUUGGAGCCAGAUGAUGGAUCUGGAUGGGUCAAGGUGCGCGCAGGCUAUAAGGAAGGCAUCGUGCCCGCAACCUAUUUAGAAACAUAUCCAGCAGCUCCGGCACCCAUUGUACCGCAAGACACUGGCAGCACUGCUAAUCGUCCUGGGUCAACCUACUCCAAUUCUGGUUCGUCGAUUGGCGGCGCUCCGACAGGCAAGAAGAAGGGACCUGCGGUAGCACCAAGACGAGGCGCAAAGAAACUCAAGUAUGUUGUAGCCUUGUAUGACUACACUGCACAAAGCGAUGCAGAGCAUAGCAUGGCAGAAGGAGAUCGGUUCGUGCUGGUCAAGGAAGACCCUGGCGAUGGAUGGGCAGAGGUUGAAAAGGGUGGCAUUACGAAGAGUGUCCCUGCAAGCUAUGUCUCAGCAGACUCAUCAUAG